AAUUUUACCGAAACACCUUGAAAACAGGGUGAUGUGUUUUUUUGCAUGAUUCUUUGAUUUCAUUGGAAUACCUGUGGACAAUGUGUGUCUUUUUCGAAGGAAAAAUUACAAGAAUCUGCUCUUUAUUUAAUAAUUUUCUCAUCGGUUCACUGCUCGCUGCAUUAUGUCAUUUCGAGUAACAUGGCGUCGUGCGAAAGUGGUGAUUUUCAAAAGCCUUUAGAAUAUAGAAUCUUCAAAUGUUCCAGUUAUUCCUCUACUUAUGUGCCCGAGAUGUUACUUGAAGACGCUGUUUUUUACAGAAAUAUCAUCAUCGAUAAGCCCUCUGAUCAGACAUCACGCUGGUCAUCUGACAAUGACAACCAUCCUCAGUACCUCGUACUCAAGUUGCAGCAACCGGCGAUCGUUCAAACAAUUACUUUCGGCAAAUAUGAAAAGACGCACGUUUGUAAUAUUAAAAAAUUUAAAGUUUACGGUGGAUUGGAAGAGGAGAACAUGAUGGAACUUUUAGAAAGUGGACUGAAGAAUGACUCUACGCCAGAAACUUUUGACCUCAAGCAUGAAAUCGGAACUAAAAAGAUCUAUUUUCCGAUUAGAUUUAUAAAAAUUCUUCCACUACAGUCCUGGGGUCCUAGUUUUAAUUUCUCUAUUUGGCAUGUUCACCUUACUGGCACCGUCGAUCCCUCGGUGGUCAAACCCAGCAUUGAAUGGGUCAAUUCGUAUCGACAGAGAGAAAUAAUAAGACUGUGUAUGAAACAUUUUCGAAGAUUCGAGCAGCAAGAAGUCGUUGAAACUCUUCAGCGAGUCACGGGAGUUGCUCUAGAAGAUCCUCGAUUAACAGUCUUGUACGAUUUAUUAGUAACGAAAGGUGAUCACUUGCAGGCCGAGCGAUUUAUUACGCAUGCUGUCAACACCGGAGUCUUGAACGAGUAUAUAAACGCUCAAGCGUACCGGGCAGUCUGGACGAAGAUUGAAUCGCGCGACGUGAAACCAGGAAUGAGAGGUGGUCACCAAAUGGUUCUAGAUCCACUAGGAGAAACACUUUAUCUCUUUGGAGGUUGGGAUGGAAAUACGGAUCUCGCAGAUCUCUGGGCGUACGAUAUUCCGACUGAGAGAUGGAGGCUAAUCUGCCGAGACACUGGAGACGUCGGAGGACCGAAAGCUCGCUCUUGCCACAAAAUGUGUCUGGAUCCAGAAAGAAGGCAGCUUUUCACCCUUGGCCGAUACUUGGACACGCAAUAUCGCUCCCCUGAGAAUUUGAAGAGCGACUUUUACGUUUACAAUAUCGAUACGAACGACUGGACGCAAAUUUCGGAUGACACGGGAGCUCGCGGCGGACCGCAGUUGAUAUUCGAUCACCAAAUGUGCAUGGACGUUGACAAGAGAACUAUUUACGUCUUUGGUGGUCGAGUUCUCAUCUCUCCUGCAAACACCGAAGAUCCAGAAGUGAUCACAAGUUCGACGGAACCCAUUUUUUCUGGAUUAUAUUCCUAUCAUGUGCCCACCGACACGUGGUGUAAACUUGCUUCCGAUAUUUCGAGACCUAGUCCGCCAAACGUACAGAGUAUCAAGUCUAGAGUUGGACAUUCCAUGUUGUUUCAUCCAGAAUCUAGAAAAUUGUACAUUUUUGCUGGACAGCGAAGUAAAGAAUACUUGAAUGACUUCUUUACCUACGAGGUCGACACUACUCAAAUCGAACAAAUCAGUGUGAGUGAUUUUGGAAAUCGAGAUUCUAAUCACGUUCCUGCCGCUGGUUUUACUCAAAGAGCAACCAUCGAUCCGGAAUUGAAAGAAAUCUACGUACUAUCUGGCCUCAGUAAAGAUAAAGAUAAAAGGGACGACAAUGUCCAGAAUUCAUUUUGGGUCUACAAUAUUAAGGAAAACAAAUGGUCCUGUAUCUAUCGGAAUGAAAAUAUCGGGGAAAAAUAUUGGAGCCGAAUGCAGGAUUACGAGCCGUGUCCUCGAUUUGCUCAUCAACUUGUCUACGAUUACGUGAAAAAGGUCCAUUAUCUAUUCGGAGGAAAUCCUGGACGUUCUUGUCUUCCCAAACUGAGGCUUGAUGAUUUCUGGACACUGAAACUCUGCCGACCUUCCCACGAGCAAAUUUUAAGGAAUUGCAAAUUGAUCAUUAGAAAACACAAGUUUGAGGAAUUGGCUAUGAAGGACACUAUUGAGGCUCUCGAAUAUUUACAGACAAAAGUUUUCGAGAUCAUUGAUCACAGCGAUAAAGAACAAUCCAAAGAGUUUCAAUUGCUGGCCUCUAUUCUAUUUCGGGAGAAAUGUGACCCAGAGGAUGAGACAGCAACCUCGGAUGAUUCUUCAUCGCGGUCCCCAUACCCAAGUGGAAAUUCAGAACAGAGUUCAAUCGCUCACAGUGUUUACGCUCGUCGAAUCGAUUUAUACGACAGACUCGCCGAAUUUUUCCCAGAUGCUUUAACGCAACCACGGGCUAAUCUAAUCGAUCUUUUGCCAUUAUGAUAUUAUUAAUUUUUGAAGGUGAUACGCUAAAUCAAUGCCAGUCGAGACAAAACAGAAUAUUCCAGUUUUUGGUUUGUCUUCGUUACUCUCGUUGACCUGUAAAUAUAUACGACUCUCCUUUUUUUUCUAUUAUUUUUUUUUACCUUUCAAGACGACGUGAUGCUUUCGAGUGGGAAACAGUUUUAUUGUGCAAUUACAUAUUGUAAAGGUCUUAUAUUUUUUUACGUCUGUAAAUAUUACUCUUUAGUUUGGUAAAAGACACAGGUUUUUAUUGUGACUGUAUUAUAAUUACUUUUAGGUUGCCUCAUUACAUGAAAUGAUUAGAUUUUAUCUUGAUUCGGACUGUCUCUCUCAGUUUGAUUAUUUAAAAAUAUGUUACCACUGUUUUGUACUAACAGCCAUAGCUUUUUUCGAGUUUAUCCUUCAGUUACUUAAUACAGCGAGCUGAAAAUCAAAAGAAUUUUUUCUUUUGUCAGCGUUCAAAUUUACGCGGUCGGUAUCAAAACUGGACCAAACGGUUGUUUUGCUUCAUUCUUAUAUUUUCUUUUAGUUGAGGGCUGUCUAAAAAAAAUGAAAUGGUUUCUAGAAAAUGUAGCUGUGAGUUAAUUUUCUUUUUAGGAUAAUAUUAUUAGGAUGAUGUUUAUAAGGCUGAUAAAAAUCGUAUAUAAUAUGGACAUAUUAGCCCUAAAGCUUUUGGAAUUUUCAAAAUUGUGAUUUAGCAAAGCUAAAAACAGGUUUCGACAUUUUUAAAUUUAUAGCAUGAUCUCGUGUAAAUAUCUUAUAUAUACUGCUGAUUUUGAAGAACGACCUUUGUUUUAUUGAGCUGCGUUUUGAUAAUAAAGAAAUCUGUUUUCCGAG